AUGCACUGCAUUGGUAAGGGAGGAUCAGGAAGCAUCUACAAGGCCAAGUUGUCCUCAGGCAGCAUAGUUGUAGUGAAGAAACUCCAUUCUAUACUUGACAGCAAUGGUGAGGAGACGUCAAUGAAGGAGUUCCUCAAUGAAAUGAGAGCACUAGUAGAGAUACGACACAGAAAUAUUGUGAAACUUUUUGGGUUUUGUUCAAAUCCAAGUCACUUGUUUUGGGUCUAUGACUACCUAGAAAAUGGUAGCUUGGCUUCAAUAUUGAGCAAAGAAUCUGAAGCUCCAAAAAUGGAGUGGAGUUCAAGAGUAAGAGUUGUAAAAGGUGUGGCUCAUGCAUUGUCAUAUAUGCAUCAUGAUUGCAACCCACCGAUUGUACAUCGAGACAUAUCAAGCAACAAUAUUUUGCUCGAUGACGAAUAUGAACCUUGUGUGUCGGACUUUGGCACUGCCAAGAUUUUGAAUCCAGACUCAUCUAACUGGACUGCUCGUGCAGACACAUAUGGAUACAUAGCUCCAGUUUUGAUGGCAGAGCUUGCUUACACAAUGAAGGCAGGUAAGAAAUGUGAUGUUUACAGCUUUGGGGUGCUGGCAGUAGAGUUAUAA